AUGGGCCAUCUUGUCAAAGGGACCCACGAGCCGGCCUUCAGCGGCCUCCGCGACCUGCUGACCAAACAUAUCUUUGAGGGGGAUGAAGUCGGCGCCUCAAUCGUCGUCAAUAUAGAUGGCCAGAAUGUAGUCGACAUCUGGGGCGGCUACUUCGACGAAAGUGGCACCCACAGCUGGGAAAGAGACACUAUCGUCAACGUCUUCUCUACCACCAAGUGCAUCACCAGUCUUGCUGCACUCGUUCUUAUCGAUAGAGGCAUUAUCAGCCCCUACGAGAAAGUGGCCAUCUAUUGGCCCGAGUUUGCUAUAAAUGGGAAGAAAGAUAUUGAGAUUAGGCACAUUAUCUCUCAUACAUCUGGUAUUCCAGGAUGGGAGCAGCCGGUCACGCUAGCUGACGUCUGCAACUUCGACAAGGCAGUCUCCCUGCUCGCCGCCCAGGCGCCCUGGUGGACUCCUGGAACUGCAUCUGGCUACCAUUCCUUCACCCAUGGGUUUUUGAUUGGUCAAGUCAUUCGCAAGGUCACAGGAAAGACCCUCAAAGAUUUCAUUCGAGAUGAAAUAGCCGGACCGCUGGGUGCUGAUUUCCAGCUUGGGGCUGUUGAGUCCGACUUGUGCCACGUCUCCGACGUUAUUCCCUGGAUCGCAACCCCAAGCAAUAAUUCUGCUUCCGAUUCUGACUCCAUCGCUGCAAGGGUGAACACGAACCCUGAGUUCACACCCGCCAUGGCUAACACCGCCUUGUGGCGAAAUGCUGAACUAGGGGCCGCAAAUGGCCAUGGCAAUGCACGGUCUAUUGCAAAGAUUCUCUCGGCGGUUUCUCUUGGGGGGUUUGUCGACGGGAAACGCCUCCUCAAGCCGGAGACCAUUGACUUGAUUUUUCAGCAGAUGUCAAAUGGAACAGAUCUGGUGGCCAACAUGCCGAUUCGAUUUGGAAUUGGCUACGGCAUAAGGGGCGAAGGAGUCGUCCCUACUUGGCUGCCUGAGGGAAGGAUAUGCUUUUGGGGCGGGUUGGGGGGAUCGGUCGCUAUUAUGGACUUGGACAGGAAGAUGACAAUUGUGUACGCUAUGAAUAAGCUGUACCCUGUCGGCCUAGGGUCUAACCUGACGAUUGAGUAUGUGAAGGACAUUUAUAGGGCGGUGGGAGUCUCCGGGCUUGAGUGAAGCAAGGAUGGUACGUUUUAAACCGAACUAGCUGGUCUCGUUACGGCGAACCAAGGAGAAAUGUGUGGAAGAGCCCAGCAUGGUAGACUUGAUAGCGAUAUUCAUUGCAAGGAGCAAGGCCUUGCCAGUAACAC